AUGUUCUUCAAGCGCCGCUCGUCCCGCGCCAACAGCUACGUAGAGCACGACGCCAACCGCCAGAGCUUCGACGACUUCAGCGAAAAGCGCCCCGACAGCAGCCGCAACAGCCAGCCGCCCCAGGGCCCGCCAGACGACGCCGACGCCGACAUGUACGCACGCCCGCAGCAGCCGCAGGAGCAGGGCAUGCCCGUGCGCGGCAUGAGCAACAGCAGCCACGGCGGCAUGUCCAUGGGCGGUGCGCCCGUGCCGGCCAUGAGCAGCGCGCCCGUCAAGGCCGAGCCCAUGCCGGACCUGCUCGCGGCCGCCUUCAACCAGGCCGUGCGGCCGUACACGGAGAAGAUUGAGCAGCUCGAGAGCCAGCUGGCCGACAUGCAGGCGUGGGUCGAGCAGCUCGAGGCCCAGCGCGCCGAGGUGCACAGCUGGAUCGACAAGCGGGGGCUGCGGCCGGACGUCCCCUCAGCCAUCGCCAAGAUCAUGGACACGACCACGCCGGACGCCGCCCACACGCUCAACGCCCAGCUCGACCGCAAAAUCACAAUCGUCAACUUUGACCUGCACCGCCUGCAGGACGACCUCAACGACUCCAUCUCGUCUGCGCACUUCGCGUCGUCCAUGCUCAAGUUCCUGCCGGACAUCCAGCGCCUGACGCUGCUGCCCCAGGGCCCCAAGUACGCCUUUGACCUGAUCCUCAAGCUCGGCGGCAACCUCAACUCGCACGGCGGCCUCGACAGCGCCGACGGCGCCGAUAUCACCGCCCGCCGCGACUUCUACGCCCGCCUCGACGCCGCCAUGGUCGACGUCGUCCAGCGCCGCUUCGGCGAGGGCGAGGAGUGGAACGUCCAGCGCGAGAUCAAGCGCAUCGAGAAGACGGCCUCGUACCUCAAGACGUACGGAGUCGAGCCCUACUUCCCGCAGACGCGCGAGGUCAUGGCCCGCGAGAUGGAGUUCCAGCCCAACGCCGCCCCAAACGGCCAGGGCACUCCGCCCCGGUACCACUAG